CUCUUCCGUCUCAUUGGGAGGAUAGAAGAACCCAAGCCCACAGCGGAAUUAACCAUUUGGGCGCAGUGGACGUGUCGCGCACACCCGAAAACAGAAAUAUCUGCUUCUGUAAACCCACAGCAGCAAGAACUUUCUAACUUUUGAUCGGAUAACCCUUCCUCGUCUCUCAUACAGAUCGAGACCAAUAAUUGAUCUCCGUAAAUUCGCAGACAAAUCAGAAAAAAAACAAAUUCGGCUGCUACCUUGAAAAGUGUCGAUCGAGUUUGAAAUGGCCGUAACGAGCAACGAUACCCAGGAACACUCCGAUUCAAAAAAAACAAAUAAAUCGAGCCACAAAAGGGGAAGUGAUGAUGAAGAAACGUGUGGUGCCACUUCUUCCUGUGAGCCCUUUCGAGAAGAUGGAGGAGUGAUGGAAAUUGGAGUCAGGGCUGAGAUACCAGCAGGGGCCAGGGGCACAGGAGCUGGAAACUUGGAGGUGUUGAAGAUGCCAACUCAAGAUCUGGGCAUGGAACAUGACAGCAUUUUAAAGAGGUCCUCUGCCAUCCCCGAUUUCUUCAGUGACGAUGGCGAUUUGAACACCACCGGAAUGACAGAGCAAGACACCGUUCCUGAAAGGAUGCAAGUAUUUCAGGACUCAGGUCUGGAGGACACUGCAGUGAAGGACUCCAAGAGUCCCAACAGUUCAUUUGGGACUUUGGGAUCUGUUCGCACUUUGCCGUUUCCUGCUGGAUCGCAGGAUACUAUGGAAAACCAAGGGCCGGAGCAGGAGCUCCUAGCUUCAGACACAGAUAAGCAGGAAAGCGCAGAGGAAGAGCACGAUCAGAGAUCUCCAGAUCCCGAUAAGCCGAAGCCGCUCCCAAAUCCUGAUAGUUUCCUCGAGGCGAGGGUGGAAGCUCCAAAGGAAGCCAAGCCUGAACGUCCUGGAAAGAAAUCCGGAGGGAAAGAAAAAUCGGAGAAGGCGAGAAGGAAGAAAGGGAAGAGGGGUCAAUCAGAAAACUCUUCGCAACUCUGGGAAAAAAUGGCUCAAUACUUGGUCUCUGUCCUGCUGCCCAUCUCUCUGAAGAUCGCGAAGACCUGCUGGAAAGGAAGCACCUCAAAAUCGAGGGGCAAGGUCCUGAAACGACCAGGGAGGCCACAGACAGGAAAAGCCAGUUGUCUUAUCACAUGCAUAUUUCUCUUAUCAUUGCUGAGAACCGCUUGCUGUGGUGUACUGGCUUGCCCUGGAGACGUUGUGAAACUACAUUUCAACCUCACUGGUAAUUUAAAAGGACAUGUUUCGCUUAUUAACAGCACUUCCAACAUCUACUUUUACUACACUCAACAUCAGCCCAAUACGUGUCGCCCAGAGGUGUUAGAAAAAUUUGAACCAUGCUUGUCCAAGGAUGGCGAAACUCUCUACCUGACCAGGAUCGCAUCAAAGUCCACUGCAAUCAAAUACACCCUGGAGUAUGAGACUGAUGAAGGAGCUUCUGUAACCAUGUCUCUCUCUCUGUCCUUGAAAAAUUGUUCCGAUGACAAGCAUCCCACACCCACGCCACCUACCUCUACUCCAUCUCCCCUUAAGACUGACUGGGCAGCUACACCUGUCUUCAUUACAGUGGCUUUCGUCUUUCUUGGAUCCUUGAUUGUGGGGCUGAUUUUAAGACACCGCUGUAAGAAGAAGAAAAUGUCAGGUGGAUGCAACACAGUGUUGUGUUAUUCACACAAUAGUGCCUCACAAGAGGAAACCACACAGGAUGGGCAAGCGAUGAAUCGGAUGUUAAACUGAAAUCCGACUGAUUCUUCAGCAGUGGAUGCUGUAACUCGGACAACAGGAAGCCAGUCUUUGGAAUGAGCUGUAGCUCCAGGUUUGCCUGGCUAGGCCUGGCCUCCACCAUGCUGUUCCUGAAUUGGUUAAAUGAUGAAUUAUACUGAAUUCUAAUAUUAGUAAGGACUGUAAAAUAAAUACCAGUCUGCUUUUCACACCUCCUUUUGAGCCUUGGUUCCUCGCAAGGUUUCUUCUUCCUGUAAUGUGAGGGAGUUUUUCCUGGCCACUGUCGCCUUCGGCUUGCUCACUGGGAGCUCAGGCCCAGGAGUCUGUGAAGCGCUUUUUACAAUGUCACAAGGCAGUGUGGUGGCAUGGCUGCCUCACUGUGUGAGUGCACUGUUUGUAAUUCCAGGGCUUUACAAACAGUGGAGCAUGUACUGUAGGUUUUCUCCUGGUGCUCUGGUCCAGAGACAUACUGGGAAGUGAAUUGGCUUCUGCCCUCCCAUGAACUGGUCCCCCAUCCAGGGUAUACACUUCCUUAUGCCCGGACACUGGAAUAUCUCCCAACUCUUCUUGAGAAAUGCCUGGCCAUCAUUAAUGAUCGCUGAGAGUCAGGACCUCGGUUUAACAUCUCAUCCCAAAGAUGGUGCACACUACAGUAGAGUGUCCCUGCCAUUAUACUGGGGCAUUAGGCACUGGUCCCACUAACACCACUUCCAACAGCAACCAUAGCUUCCCAGGAGGUCACCC